AUGAACCCUUAUCACAUGCAAGGAGGACACAAUCAAAUGCAUGGGGGACGCUUGCCUACAAAUGGCAUGCAGGGGGUUCCCGUACCUGGAAGUGGUAUGCACGGGGGAGUGAUGUCUGGUGCUUACAAUACACCUUACAAUAUGCCCGGAGGGGGUAUGUACGGAGGUGGCAUACAAGGAAAUGGCAUGCAAGGCGGCGCCAUGCAAGUCGAUGCCAUGCAGGGUGGUGCCAUGCAGGGUGGUGGCAUGCAAGGAAGUGGCAUGCAAGGAAGUGGUAUGCAAGGGGAUGGCAUGGGCAAUAUGAUGAAGAAGAUGAUGGGAGUUUCUGACGAUACUAAUGUUCCUCAAAUGGGUGGGAUGGGUGCCCACAUACUUAAUAUGAUGUCGAGUGGUGGUGGCGGAAAACCAGUGAAUGCCCCGGGGGCAAGCGGACAACUAAAUGACUCCAUGUUAAUAGAUGCUCCACAUUCUCCCCAUGGACAAAUAGGAGUUACACCUUUAACUCCACCAGCGGGACAAAGUCAUGCAGGUCACAUGGGGAUGAAUCUAGGUAAUCAAGGACACCAUACGAGCCAAGGAAACCCCGGAACAAUGAUGAAUCCACCUACUCAAUACGUCACACAGGACAAUACGUAUAAUUCUAUUCCAAAACCACAAGGGCCCACAGUAACUGAAAAUAUGCCUCAGAAUCCUGGAGCUCAACCACAGAACUAUGUAGUUUCAAAUCCGGCUGCACAACAGAUGGCGAACGCUAGAAGUAAUUAUGGUCCCCAUGCAGCGAGUAUGAAAAAGUUCAAUGAGAUUUUCCCAGGCGUAGCACAAGGAGAUUUGAAUUUCGACCCAAUGGCAAUCGCAAUUCAGAUGAAUCCUGUAAACCAGCAGAAGAAAGGUGCAGAUACAGUAAACAAAUUUUUGAAUAAGAACCAAGCUAUGUUGCAGCCUGCUAUCUCCGGCGCUAACGCAGCUGCUACUGCACUUGGUCAAUCAAAAACAAUUCCAGCAAAUAACCAGCUCCUAGCACCUCCGGCGCAACAGAACAUGCCGCCACCUGGGCAGGUGCAACAUCAGCAACCUUACCCUGGUUCACAAAAUCAGCCGAACCAACAGCUAGUUCAUAGAGCUGUUACCGGUGCACCUAAAAUGAGCACGCCAUUACUUCACCAACAAGUUCCUCAACAGAGCGUAUCUCGGCAGCAAGUGCCACAACAACAGCUGCAGCAACAACAACUACCGCAGCAACAAAUACAACAAAAUAUAGUUUCAAAUGGUGGAGCUGGUAUAAUACCAGAGAAUGAUGGUAAAAACGUCAACCCAACCGGUGCAGUGGCAGAACAAAUGAUAAAAGAGCCCAUAUUCCCUGUUGACACUACAAAGACUUAUACCGCACAGCCAAUAUAUACUUAUAACACCUUGGGACAACCCGUGGAACUAUUUCCUGUGACGUAUCAUAGAGCGACACCAAACCUGCCUCAAACUUUAGAUGGUAGCUUUAGAACUGAUUUGCGUCAUGGUUACGAUAUAAAGAAUACGACGAGCAAGACUUUGUUGGCGACCACAAUACCUGCCGGUAAUACAGCCAGUAGGAGUCAACUUCAACAUAUUUACCGACAGUAUAAAGCAUCGAAUUCGGCAACUCAACAAAAUAUUAGACCUCCAGUGCAAGGGGGAUCUCAUUCCGAAGGGCGAUUGAAUACUGCGCCGGUGAAUGUAAUCCCUCAGGAUAUACCUGUAGAGAAUGUCGGAGGAGACACGGCUGCGAAUAAUCAGAUGAGCAUUAAGCCGAGUGGUAAACUAGAGCCAGAGAAGGGACAAGCGGGUGGCGAUAUUGUAGCAGCUACUCCUAAGGAUGCUAGCAGAAGGUACAAGGAGAAGGUAUUUUAA